AUUCAUUAAUUUCAGAUGAAAAUCUUACUAAUCCUCUCACUCGUUUGUGUGUCUGCUUAUGCAGCACCAAGGUCUCAAACAAAACAUGUUGAGCAUGUUAAAUUGAAAUCUUUAGUUGACGAUCUUAUUGAAUUCUUGGCUCUUAUCCCUCUUGAUAAACUCAAGGAAAUUAGUGACGAAUAUUUGAAAAACGACAAAGAAUUCUGUGAUGUCGUCAGGUACCUUCAAGGAGAUGACUGGGCUGCUUUGGUAAAGGAAGUAGGAAGCAAACCAGCUGUACAAGAUUUUGAAAAGUACCUCACCGAUGCCGGAAUCCCAGUUGACCUCAUUAUCGCACUCAUCCAUGAAUUGAUCCAGAAUGCCGACCCACAAGCCGUUACCCUUAAGCCUGUCAGAUCUUUGAGAAGUUACUUGGACGAAAUUGAAGCAGCUCUUCCAAUUGAUGACCUCAUAGCACUGUUGAACGACAAAAUGAAAAACAGUGCCGACUUCCAAGCCCUUUACGCUGAAGUCUCCAGUGAAAAAGCUCACGCACUGGUAGAAGAAGUCCGUGCUUUGGAUGAAGUACAACGUUUGGCUGCAGAAUUGAGAUCCAUGGGCGUCAAAGUUGAUGAAGUUUUGGCUGUCGUCUACGAGUUCCUUGGAUGGGGAGCACCCGUUAAAUCCGUGAAAUCCCUAGUUGAUGACCUUCUCCAGUUCCUUGCCCUUAUUCCUUUGGAUAAGCUGAAAGAAAUCACUGAUGAAUACUUGAAAAACGACAAAGAAUUCUGCGAUGUCAUCAGGUACCUUCAAGGAGAUGACUGGGCUGCUUUGGUAAAGGAAGUAGGAAGCAAACCAGCUGUACAAGAUUUCGAAAAGUACCUCACCGAUGCCGGAAUCCCAGUUGACCUCAUUAUCGCACUCAUCCAUGAAUUGAUCCAGAAUGCCGACCCACAAGCCGUUACCCUUAAGCCUGUCAGAUCUUUGAGAAGUUACUUGGACGAAAUUGAAGCAGCUCUUCCAAUUGCUGACCUCAUAGCUCUGUUGAACGACAAAAUGGAAAACAGUGCUGAUUUCCAAGCUCUUUACGCCGAAGUCUCCAGUGAAAAAGCUCACGCACUGGUAGAAGAAGUCCGUGCUUUGGAUGAAGUACAACGUUUGGCUGCAGAAUUGAGAUCCAUGGGCGUCAAAGUUGAUGAAGUUUUGGCUGUUGUCUACGAGUUCCUUGGAUGGGGAGCACCUGUUAAAACCGUAAAGUCCUUGGUUGAUGACCUUCUACAGUUUCUUGCUCUUAUUCCUUUGGAUAAGCUGAAAGAAAUCACCGACGAAUACUUGAAAAACGAUAAAGAAUUCUGCGAUGUCAUCAGGUACCUUCAAGGAGAUGACUGGGCUGCUUUGGUAAAGGAAGUAGGAAGCAAACCAGCUGUACAAGAUUUCGAAAAGUACCUCACCGAUGCCGGAAUCCCAGUUGACCUCAUUAUCGCACUAAUCCAUGAAUUGAUCCAGAAUGCCGACCCACAAGCCGUUACCCUUAAGCCCGUCAGAUCUUUAAGAAGUUACUUGGACGAAAUUGAAGCAGCUCUUCCAAUUGCUGACCUCAUAGCUCUGUUGAACGACAAAAUGGAAAACAGUGCUGAUUUCCAAGCUCUUUACGCCGAAGUCUCCAGUGAAAAAGCUCACGCACUGGUAGAAGAAGUCCGUGCUUUGGAUGAAGUACAACGUUUGGCUGCAGAAUUGAGAUCCAUGGGCGUCAAAGUUGAUGAAGUUUUGGCUGUCGUCUACGAGUUCCUUGGAUGGGGAGCACCUGUUAAAACCGUAAAGUCCUUGGUUGAUGACCUUCUCCAGUUUCUUGCUCUUAUUCCUUUGGAUAAGCUGAAAGAAAUCACCGACGAAUACUUGAAAAACGAUAAAGAAUUCUGCGAUGUCAUCAGGUACCUUCAAGGAGAUGACUGGGCUGCUUUGGUUAAGGAAGUAGGAAGCAAACCAGCUGUACAAGAUUUCGAAAAGUACCUCACCGAUGCCGGAAUCCCAGUUGACCUCAUUAUCGCACUCAUCCAUGAAUUGAUCCAGAAUGCCGACCCACAAGCCGUUACUCUUAAGCCUGUCAGAUCUUUGAGAAGUUACUUGGACGAAAUUGAAGCAGCUCUUCCAAUUGCUGACCUCAUAGCUCUGUUGAACGACAAAAUGGAAAACAGUGCUGACUUCCAAGCUCUUUACGCCGAAGUCUCCAGUGAAAAAGCUCACGCACUGGUAGAAGAAGUCCGUGCUUUGGAUGAAGUACAACGUUUGGCUGCAGAAUUGAGAUCCAUGGGUGUCAAAGUUGAUGAAGUUUUGGCUAUUGUCUACGAGUUCCUUGGAUGGGGAGCACCAAAAACUCAUGUUAAAUUGAAAUCUUUAGUUGACGAUCUUAUUGAAUUCUUGGCUCUUAUCCCUCUUGAUAAACUCAAGGAAAUUAGUGACGAAUAUUUGAAAAACGACAAAGAAUUCUGUGAUGUCGUCAGGUACCUUCAAGGAGAUGACUGGGCUGCUUUGGUAAAGGAAGUAGGAAGCAAACCAGCUGUACAAGAUUUUGAAAAGUACCUCACCGAUGCCGGAAUCCCAGUUGACCUCAUUAUCGCACUCAUCCAUGAAUUGAUCCAGAAUGCCGACCCACAAGCCGUUACCCUUAAGCCUGUCAGAUCUUUGAGAAGUUACUUGGACGAAAUUGAAGCAGCUCUUCCAAUUGAUGACCUCAUAGCACUGUUGAACGACAAAAUGAAAAACAGUGCCGACUUCCAAGCCCUUUACGCUGAAGUCUCCAGUGAAAAAGCUCACGCACUGGUAGAAGAAGUCCGUGCUUUGGAUGAAGUACAACGUUUGGCUGCAGAAUUGAGAUCCAUGGGCGUCAAAGUUGAUGAAGUUUUGGCUGUCGUCUACGAGUUCCUUGGAUGGGGAGCACCCGUUAAAUCCGUGAAAUCCCUAGUUGAUGACCUUCUCCAGUUCCUUGCCCUUAUUCCUUUGGAUAAGCUGAAAGAAAUCACUGAUGAAUACUUGAAAAACGACAAAGAAUUCUGCGAUGUCAUCAGGUACCUUCAAGGAGAUGACUGGGCUGCUUUGGUAAAGGAAGUAGGAAGCAAACCAGCUGUACAAGAUUUCGAAAAGUACCUCACCGAUGCCGGAAUCCCAGUUGACCUCAUUAUCGCACUCAUCCAUGAAUUGAUCCAGAAUGCCGACCCACAAGCCGUUACCCUUAAGCCUGUCAGAUCUUUGAGGAGUUACUUGGACGAAAUUGAAGCAGCUCUUCCAAUUGAUGACCUCAUAGCACUGUUGAACGACAAAAUGAAAAACAGUGCCGACUUCCAAGCCCUUUACGCUGAAGUCUCCAGUGAAAAAGCUCACGCACUGGUAGAAGAAGUCCGUGCUUUGGAUGAAGUACAACGUUUGGCUGCAGAAUUGAGAUCCAUGGGCGUCAAAGUUGAUGAAGUUUUGGCUGUUGUCUACGAGUUUCUUGGAUGGGGAGCACCUGUUAAAACCGUAAAGUCCUUGGUUGAUGACCUUCUCCAGUUUCUUGCUCUUAUUCCUUUGGAUAAGCUGAAAGAAAUCACUGACGAAUACUUGAAAAAUGACAAAGAAUUCUGCGAUGUUAUCAGGUACCUUCAAGGAGAUGACUGGGCUGCUUUGGUUAAGGAAGUAGGAAGCAAACCAGCUGUACAAGAUUUUGAAAAAUACCUCACCGAUGCUGGAAUCCCAGUUGACCUCAUUAUCGCACUCAUCCAUGAAUUGAUCCAGAAUGCCGACCCACAAGCCGUUACCCUUAAGCCUGUCAGAUCUUUGAGAAGUUACUUGGACGAAAUUGAAGCAGCUCUUCCAAUUGCUGACCUCAUAGCUCUGUUGAACGACAAAAUGGAAAACAGUGCUGAUUUCCAAGCUCUUUACGCCGAAGUCUCCAGUGAAAAAGCUCACGCACUGGUAGAAGAAGUCCGUGCUUUGGAUGAAGUACAACGUUUGGCUGCAGAAUUGAGAUCCAUGGGCGUCAAAGUUGAUGAAGUUUUGGCUAUUGUCUACGAGUUCCUUGGAUGGGGAGCACCAGUCAAACGGAUGAAAGUGUUACUAACAUUCGCAGCAUUUGUUGGCAUAGCAUCUUGUCAAGUCAACAGAGGAGGAAUUUUGGUAGAAUUUCUAGAUUUUAUGCAAGUAAUCCCUACUGCCACCGUCAUGGAGGUUGUCCAAGAUCAUUUGGAUAAUGAUCCGGAAUUUGGAGCAGGUGUAAAAUAUCUACAAAGCAAGGAAUGGCUCGAUUUAAACGACAGAUUAUUCGCAACACCAGAAUUCCAAGACUUGAAAAAACAUCUAACCACAAUCGGAAUUCCUAUAGAUUUUCUGCUAAGGUUUACAAGAAACAUGAUGAUGAGAGCCAAGCCAAGUGUUGUUGGUGAUACUAUCAACUUUGAACCAUUUAUUGAAGAUAUAGGUAAUGCCAUUCCCUUCGAUAAGAUUUUAGCGGUGGCUAAUGAUAAGCUCCAUAACAGUGAUGUUUUCAAAAGCUUCUACGAUGCAAUUUCCAGCAAAGAAACCUAUAAGCUGGUUGAAAAAGUAAGGCAAUUACCUGAAGCUAAGUUAAUAAUGAGUCAACUUAUGAAAAUGGGCGUGAGAGUUGACGAAUACAUCAGAUUCAUUUACACUUUCUUCAAUUGGGGAACACCAUAAAACAAUGUAUUUUGAAUAUUACUUUGUUCAAUAUACUUUCAUACACACAA